GCUCGGAUCAACACAUCGCCCACUCCCCCACGCGCUCAGAUGCACCACCGCCCCCGAUAAACCCUCCUCCUCCUCCUCCAAGUUACACCGGGCACGUACAAGUUGAUAUAGUGCAAAGUUGUGGCCCCGACCAUGGAUUUUUUGAACAAGCUGCUCAACAGGCCCCCGCAGAAGCCGGCUCUGCGCGCGGCCCCCUCCACGGUUAACGCUUCUCGUGAGAGCUCCAACGGUCCAUCGAAAACUUCUCCAUCCCACCGAGGAAGCCCAGCGGCCAAAUCCACUCCGGCCUCCGAGCUCCCACCCUCAAUCACCACUACCACCAGCAGUCCGAGCAGCCUCGCCCCGGGGAGCCUCUCCUCGGCCUCGAGUUUCCAGAGCCUCAGCUCCAAGAGCAGCAGCGGCAUCUGCGUCGACUCCGCCCCGGACUCACCCGACAAGUCCUACACCAAUGCCGACAUCCCCGACCUCGACGACCUCAUCUCCGCUUGCGCUGGAAUCACUCUAGGCCCAUCCACCUCCAAGGAGGACAACGAGGAGGACGAGGCGGACAGCUGCGACCAAACCUUCGCCUCGGCCGCCGACGACACCCUCACCGAGGACUCGCACGCCCAACUGCUCGAGAAAGCUCUCCAGACGCUUAAGACUCCCGACGCUGGGGACCAGACCAAGGAAAGCUCGCAGUCCUCGGUCUUGCCUUACGUCUCGUUCGAGGAGAGCGUUUUGCGCAAGCACCAGGAAAAAUCCGAGGAGUUCAGGAGCGCCUUAGCCUCCUUCCAGCAGAGCGUCGUCGGUACCCUCGACAACCAGCCAAGCGAUUCGCCCGUCGACAAGACCGAUGGUAUCAAGCAGCUGGGUUUCAACUCGCCCGACGUCAGUUUCAAGGAAGUCUCGCGCUUUAACGAGUCCACGGUCUUGAUCUCCAAUUCGGAGGGCUCGUCUGUGUUUGCGGCUGAUUUGCAAGCCAGGCUUCGAGAGAGUUCGCCCAAGUCGCUGUCCAUCUUGAGCGAGGAGGCCGCCAAGGCCGAUGCAACGCAGGACAGUCUUUUGAGCACGACUUUGGGCGUUGCGCGGGAGAGGAGUGUUGACGAGAGCGGGGCUGCAGAUGUUGCGGGUCAGGAAAACGUUUCGAGUACGACGCAGGAUAGUUUGGUGCAGGAAAAGAGUUUGAACGAGAGUCGAGAGAAACCAGAGAGCGUCGUAGAUGUCGCGGUGCAAGAAAACGUUCUGAGCACUACCCAGGAUGCCGUGCUGGACAAUGAUCUGCGUGAAACUGUAGAUUACGUCGCGGAUAAGGCUCAAGACAUUCUGGUGCAAGAAAACGUUUUGAGUACCACUCAGGAUAUCGUUGAAGAAGAUCAAAGUGGUUCGAAGCAGGCAAGUGUUUUGGACGAAGCUCAGGACAUUGUGCCAGAAGACGUUGAGUGCGAUACUCGAGCGAUCUUGAAGGUAGAUGAUGUUUUGAACGCGACUCAGGGUAGUCUGAAGCAGGAAAGUAUAGUGAACAAGACACAGGAUAUUGUACAAGAAAAAGUUGAGUGUGAUACUCAAGAAAUUUUUAAGGAAAAAAGUGUUUUGAGCACCACCCAAGAUAUUGUGCAAGAAAAGAGUUUUGAUGUUAGUGUAAAGCAAGAAAGUGUCUUGGACAAAGCUCAGGGUGUUGUAUCAGACAAAGUUGAGUGUGAUACUCAAGAAGUUUUGAAGGAAACAAAUCUUUUAAACACGACUCAAGGUAUUGUGCAAGAAAAGAGUCUUGAUGUUAGUGUAAAGCAAGAAAGUGUCUUGGACAAAGCUCAGAGUAUCGUGUCAGCUGAAUGUGAUACUCAAGAUAUCUUGAAGGUAGAUAGUGUUUUGAGUACGACUCAAAGUAUUGUGCAAGAAAAAAGUUUUGAUACGCAGGAUAGUGCUAAAGAAGAAAGUAUACUAAUUAGAACUCAGCAUACUCUGCAAGAAGAAGAAAAAGAAAUUCAAAGUAAUAUUCAUGAUAUUAAAAGUACAACUCAGGAUAUUGCGGUAGAAGAAAAAGUUACAGAUAAAUCUCAAGAAACUGUGAAACAAGAAAGUAUAUUAAAUAAAACUAAUGGUGUUUUAGUACUAGAAGAAGUCCAGAGUGAAUAUCAAGAUAUUGUGGUACAAGAAAACGUUUUGAGCACGACUCAGAAAGUAAUCGAUGAACAUGUUAUAAAUGAAAAUCAACCUCAGGAUGUUGUAAACGAUAAAAGCCUUUCAAGUAAAGCUGAAGAUAUUGUAAAUCAAGCCGAGGAUUUUAUAAAUCAAAAUAUUGUAACUGACACUCAGGUGGUUGAAAAAAAAGAAAUUAUUCAGAAUAAAACUCUAGAUGGUUCAAAUAAGACCCAAGGUGUUGUACAAGCAAAUGUUUUAAAUGAAAAGCCAAAUAUUGUUGUGAAAGAUGACAAUUUAAAUGAAACCACAAGUACAGUUGUACAAGAAUGUUUCCUUAACAGAACGCAAGACGUUGUAAAGGAGAAAAAUAUUGCAAAUCAAACUCAAGAUAUCCUGAGGGAAAACACACUCAACAAUAACGUAGCUGUUAUUCAGAAAACACUCACCAUCAAUAAAAACCAAUCAAUCACACAAGAGAUUAAUGAUAAUGAUAUACAAGGUGAUAAAGAGAACAGACUGGACAAUAGUGCGUUUACGAACGAAAAGGACGACUUGAACGAAACUCAGUUUAUCGUACAGAGAGCAAAGCAACACUUGACAGACGCAGAUGCUCUGAAAAGAACCGAAGAGAGCGUUCAGUAUAACAAAACUCAAAGCUUGAAUCCUGAGCCACUUCUACAGACAAAUAAGGAAUUUAAAAAACAAGAAAGUUCACUCUUGAUUCAAGAAACCACAAGUCCACUUAAAGGAAAUUUAAUAGUGAAAAAUACCAUAAAGACACCUGAUAAGACAGAACUUGUUGCUGAAGUUGGCAAAGAUUCGGAAUUCUUGCCCUUAGAUAAAAUCGAAUUGGUAGCCUCUACACCCUUUGACAAGAGUCUCAACAGAGAGUCCGUGCCAAAAGAAACCUUCCGUCGAAGGAGCGCACUAUUCGUAGAGUCGGUUGAAGAUGUCGAAACUGAGUUAAAUUCAACUGUAGUGAUAAAGCAUCCCGAACAGGUUAAUAAUCAGCAGAACGUAUUGCUGACUCACUUCCAACCUGAAUUGGAGCCUCAGAAGCAGUGCCUAUUUCCGCUGACUAGUCAAGACUUCGACCUGUCAGAGGCUGCUCUCUCCGUGGCCAAGGACAUUGACGCUUCUCUGGAGAAAAUCGAAGCAAACGAAGGAUUCGUUUCUGCCUCAGAGGUUUUCGGCGACUCAAACGCAUUUGAUUUUCUCGACCAAGCUGGCACCCAAGCCGCCAAACGUGGCGAAAGGUAUGACUCGCUAUUUAUGAAUUUCGAUCCACUGGCCCAGAGACAGAGCAUGUUGCCGCAAAAGAAUUUACCUACAGCACCUGUAGCUGAGGAGGAAGAAAACAUCGUCAAGGAAGCAAAUCGGGCAUCGCCAACAGCCACGGCUAAUCCCACGCCGACGAUACCCAAUAUGGAUACGCCUAAGAAAAAUCCAGCCUUAGCGGCUAUUGACAGAUUACUCUUUUUCAGUCCCACGGUGACCGAAGGGAGUCAACCGGUUGCCGAGGCCAAACAAAAGAAGGAAGUUGUAGAGAAACCGGUGGUCCCGCAAGUGCCUGUGGUUGACGAAAAAAUGGUGAAAGAACUGGAGCUGGUAAGAUCGACAGUGCUUCAACUGGAAGCAGAGCUUGAAAAACAGAAAAAAGUCCACAAGGAAGAGUCGGUGAAACAAAAGGCAGCCAACGAAGAGAGAUUAGCUAGCAUGCAAGCUAAAUUCACUCAGAUGCAGUCCCAGCUGUUACAGGAAGUGAAAUGCAAAGACCAGAUGACGGUCGUGGUGGAAGAGUACGAAAAAUCUAUCAGCAGGUUGAUAGCAGAGAGGGAAAAGGACAAGACGACCUUUGAGGUGGAAAAGGCGAAGCUCCAAGAAGAGCUUCAUGUCGCUAAUCAGCAUCUGAGCAAUACAGAAGCGGCAUUUAGCGACGUGCACUCCAAGUACGAAAGGCUAAAGAACGUCGUUGCCGCGUACAAGACCAACGAGAGUGUGCUUAAAGAGAGCAUAACGGAAAAUCAAGAGACUAUUAAAACUCUUGAGCACAGAUACGAGCAGCUAAAGAGUCAUGCGAUGGCUCAGCUUGAAAAAGCAAAUCUUGAAUUGAAUGCUAUCAGGAAACAUAACGAGGCUGAAACAAUGAAACUAAAGGCUCUCGUAAGGAAAGCAGAACUGAAGAGUAAAUCUUUGGAGGAAACUGUGGAGCAGAAGAAUAAAGAAAUUAAAGAGCUAACGGGUAUCAUUGAUGAGAUGAUUGCAAGGGUUGAUUAGGGAUAUUUUUUUUCUACGCGACAAGAUUUACUAUUUUUAUUUCUUAGAUUUUAAGAACGAAAUGUAAUGAAAUAUACAUCAAAUAUGUGCAUAAUUGCGGUGUUUUCGAGAAGAGGGAAGUAAAUAAAAGCAGAAAACACGUCUCUGUCAGUUUGAAGUAAGCCUCUUUUACUAAUUAUUUGUAAGUUGUAAAAUAUAAUAUUUUAUCGCAAUAAAGCAGUCAAGGCUUGUUCAAACCACAUAAUAUAUACAUGAUACGUGUGUAUCCCUAAAUCCUAAAUUUACAUUGUACAAACUAUUACAUUAUUCGUUUCAUAUAGUAUCAGUAACAGUAUGUACUCAUAAGUAUUUAUAAAAAUAACUUCUGAGUUUAAGCACAAUUCAGUUCAUUAUUUAUUAUUCACAAUCACGUUCAAGUUUUAAAGUUUUUCCUCCAAUUAAAUUACACUCGAGAAAUUAUUUCUUCAAAAAAGUUAAGACCAGUUAUUAGCGCUAAACAACAAUUAUCCUUCAUUCAUUUUAUAAAUUAAUGAAUUAAUACAACUUAAAAUUCAAAAACCUUUCAACACUCGGAUUCAUAUACAGUUAUUUUUCGUAUCGUUUGCUUGACAUAUAUAUAGUAACACUUGUUAGAAACGAUAACACACCCUGCAUACUUCCCUGUUGGUUAAUAAUUUAAACUAAAAUCACAUAAAACAUUUUAAAUCCUCAAUUGUUUUGAAAUAAUCGGAUUUUUCAUAAAA